AUGACUCAGCUGCUGAGCAAUAUAAAAGGCAUUAUCAAUGCUUUCUACGUGUCCACAAAGACGGAUGGCACCUGCCCCACGCUGAGCAAGGGGGAGCUGAGGCAGCUCAUCUGCCAGGAGUUUGCUGAUGUGACUGUGAUCCCCCAGGGUCUCCAGACCAUAGACAAGAUGCUGCAGCUGCUGGACACUGACUGUGAUGGCAGACUGGACUUUAACGGGUUUCUUGUUCUGGUCCUCCAAAUGGCCACGGCUUGUUACAAGGAAGUAAGCCAGGGUCAGCGACCAGGCCACAGUGGAAGCUCAGCGUCCCAGGGAGAAGCAGACUGUGGGGAGUGCACACAGGAGCCUCUGACACCAGAGCGGGACCCAAGCCCACAUCAGGCUCCAGAGUUACAGAUUUCAGAGCAGGACCGAAGCCCCCAUCAGGCCCCUGAGCCUCACACACCAGAGCAGAAUUUGAGUCCCUAA